AGAACCUGGCUGACGAUUCUACCACAGACGAUCAAGUGCAUCUACCUGCAAGCGUCAAGUUCAAGGUCCAACCGAGGAUAACUCUAAGAAUGUGGACGCUGUGGCUAUUCCCGCUGUUUCUGGCAGCUCAAGCUCUGGCAGACGUGGGCGAUCUGCAGAACGCCGGCGGCCCGGACGGCGUCGGCCUGCCCCGGUCUCAGGGCAUCCCGCUGCACGUCUUAGACCACCUCGGUGCCAGCUACGUCGACGACGCCGGAUCUCCUGGCGUCGAGACCACCGCCGACGUCGUCAAGCGGGCGCCGGGAAAGCUGAGUCGGUUCGACAUAGGGGAGGGGUACAGCCGGUACGGGCGGGGGUACCUCCAGCAGCUGAUGAGCAGCCUAGAGUCGGGGUACAACCGCUCCAACCGCAAGGGUCUGACACGACACAACCUGGACCUCGGCUACAGCCGCUACGGCCGGUCCACGGACCAGCAGCCCUCUCGACAACAGCUCAGCCGGGACACCCGGGCGACCAAGCCGCUCAACCGCUUCGAUCUGGGGCUGGGCUACAGUCGCUACGGCCGCGGACCAAGCAAGGCUCUCAACCGCUUGGACCUGGGCCUAGGAUACAGUCGCUACGGGCGGGCACCCAAGCCUCUCAACCGCUUCGACUUGGGGCUAGGAUACAACCGCUACGGCCGGGGACCAACCAAGGCCCUCAGCCGCUUCGACUUGGGGCUGGGAUACAAUAGGUACGGACGGGGGGACGAGGCGGCGACAGCUUCACCCGACCAGGCCGCCGCCAGCGACGGGAGCACGGGAGGCGACUGGCAGGCACAGAGGUGGCAGGACCAGCCCGGCUACGACGAGCCGAGCCCAGCGGGCGGGGACAACGCGUCGACGGGACUCACGCCUUACGGCAAAGACGACGAUGCGCUGCCCGCUCGACCAAUCAGCCCACGGCAUAUUCGUGACGUCAUGACGCCCUUCAGGAGCUGGCUACCGGCGCAUGCGCGGUCGUUGGACGAGGCUACAGAGUCAUGAUGGCGCCCAGAAGAUAAGAUGGCGUCUCAAGAAGAGAAAGAACUUGAGACAAAUUUGAGGACGCUAGAAUUUUCCUAGACAACCAAACGUGCCCAUCUUGCAUG